UGAUUCACUCGAUCAUCUAACCAAAUGGCACACCAGUCAGUUCACACUGGCGAGCGGCCGUUCACCUGCUCAGACUGUGGGAAGGGAUUCACUAUAUCAUCUCACCUACUGAGACACCAGUCAGUUCACACUGGCGAAUGGCCGUUCACCUGCUCAGACUGUGGGAAGGGAUUCACUUGCUCAUCUAACCUGAAGGAACAUCAGAGAGUUCACACUGGAGAGAGGCCAUUCACCUGCUCAGACUGUGGGAAGGGAUUCACUUCUUUGUCCCAACUGAAGGUACAUCAGCGAGUUCACAGUGGAGAGAGGCCGUUCACCUGCUCAGACUGUGGGAAGGGAUUCACUUCUUCGUCCCAUCUGAAGGUACAUCAGCGAGUUCACACUGGAGAGAGGCCGUUCACCUGCUCAGACUGUGGGAAGGGAUUCACUUGCUCAUCUAACCUGAAGGAACAUCAGCGAGUUCACACUGGAGAGAGGCCAUUCACCUGCUCAGACUGUGGGAAGGGAUUCACUUCUUCGUCCCAUCUGAAGGUACAUCAGCGAGUUCACACUGGAGAGAGGCUGUUCACUUGCUCAGACUGUGGGAAGGGAUUCACUUCUUCGUCCCAACUGAAGGUACAUCAGCGAGUUCACACUGGGGAGAGGCCGUUCACCUGCUCAGAAUGCGGGAAGGGAUUCACUUGCUCAUCUAAACUGAAGGUACAUCAGAGAGUUCACACCGGGGACUGGCCGUUCACCUGCUCAGACUGUGGGAGGGGAUUCACUUCUUCGUCCCAACUGAAGGUACAUCAGCGAGUUCACACUGGGGAGAGGCCGUUCACCUGCUCGGACUGUGGGAAGGGAUUCACUUACUCGUCCCAACUGAAGGUACAUCAGCGAGUUCACACUGGAGACAGGCCAUUCACCUGCUCAGUCUGUGGGAAGGGAUUCACUCGGUCAUCCACCCUAAUGGCACACCAGCGGGUUCACACAGGGGAGCAGCCGUUCACCUGCUCAGAAUGUGGGAAGGGAUUCACUUGCUCAUCUAAACUGAAUGAACAUCAGCGAGUUCACACUGGAGAGAGGCCAUUCACCUGCUCAGACUGUGGGAAGGGAUUCAGUAAAUCAUCUGACCUACUGAGCCACCAGUCAGUUCACACUGGCGAGCGGCCGUUCACCUGCUCAGACUGUGGGAAGGGAUUCACCUGCUCAGUGUGUGGGAAGGGAUUCACUAAAUCAUCUCACCUACUGAUCCACCAGUCAGUUCACAAUGGCGAGUGGCCGUUCACCUGCUCAGACUGUGGGAAGGGAUUCACUCAGUCAUCUAAACUGAAGGAACAUCAGAGAGUUCACACUGGGGAGUGGCCAUUCACCUGCUCUGAAUGUGGGAAGGGAUUCAUUAAAUCAUCCCACCUACAGUUGCACAGGUCUGUUCACACCGGGGAGAGGCCGUUCACCUGCUCAGACUGUGGGAAGGGAUUCACUUGCUCAUCUAAACUGAAGAUACAUCAGCGUGUUCACACCGGGGAGAGGCCGUUCACCUGCUCAGACUGUGGGAAGGGAUUCACUAAAUCAUCUCACGUACUGAGACACCAGUCACUUCACAGUGGCGAGCGGCCGUUCACCUGCUCAGACUGUGGGAAGGGAUUCACUUGCUCAUCUCAAAUGAAGGUACAUCAGCGAGUUCACACUGGAGAGAGGCCAUUCACCUGCUCAGACUUAGGGAAGGGAUUCACUUGCUCAUCUGAACUGAAGGUACAUCAGCGAGUUCACACUGGGGAGAGGCCAUUCACGUGCUCAGAGUGUGGGAAGGGAUUCACUAAAUCAUCUAACCUCCUGAGCCACCAGUCAGUUCACACUGGCGAGCGGCCUGCUCAGACUGUGGGAAGGGAUUCAGUUGCUCAUCCCAACUGAAGGUACAUCAGCGAGUUCACACUGGGAGAGGCCGUUCACCUGCUCAGUGUGUGGGAAGGUAUUGACUCAGUCAUCUCAUCUACAGACACACAGGCGAGUUCACACAGGAGAGAGGCCGAUCAGCUGCUGAGACUUUGGGAAGUAAUUCUAUCAGCAAAAUCAACCAAAUGUGUAUCAUUGAGUUCACAGUGGGGAGAGGCCAUUCACCUUCUGUGAAUGUGGGGAGCGAUUCACUCAGGACAUUUAACCUUAUGUAACUCUUGCUUCAGCUAGCAACUUAAUAUAGGGGGUGAUAGCCCCUGAGCUUGGCCAAACCUAAGAAAUCUCGUUUGUGUGAAUGCUGCAUGAUGUGUCCCCUGUUACAAAUCAGUACCCCAAAAAUAACAAAUGGUACACAAUAUGCGAUUAAACAAUUGAGCUAUUUACUUCUUACUUUGACUAUGGGAUUAGUAAAGGAAACAAAUAAAGGUAAAAGGGCCCUUUCUCUCCAUUUGUGUCUUCUCAUCUCUCCCUGGCAAAAGACCGUGAAAAUCUACCUUCCAGACUCACAGGAAAGGACAAUAUCUUUAUCAUUGGAUAGCUAGGCACUCCAAAACCCUGUUAUUUCUAGUCAUAAGCUAAACAUUGCUGCUGCAGAGAAAUCAUUAGCUCUGCAGUGAAAUAUAACACAGACACCAUUACAUUAGCAGUGAAAUCUCACAGCCUGUUACAUUUGUGACACACUACCGGCUUCACACAGCGGAAAAAGUUUCAAUAAGUUGCAUGCUGGAUAUUUGUCCAUCACUGUUGCUAAAGCUAUUUUGAGAGUGACUAUCAGUGCUGAACUCUGCAAUUAUUGCUGCUGCUCACCGCAUUCAGUUCUGGGCACAGGAGGAGUUUCUUCUACUGCAUAUUCACCUUUAAUGGGACUGGAGUUUAA